UUAUAUGUCUGUGUCCAGGUGAAAGCAUUCCUGCAGCCGCCCAUGGAGGGUGUGGUCCUGGAGACGUACGGCAGUGGAAAUGCCCCCGACAACCGUCCUCCUCUGCUGGAAGCGCUGAAGAAGGCCACCGACGAUGGAGUCAUCAUCAUGAACUGCACCCAGUGUCUGAGGGGGACUGUGUCCAUGUCUUACGCCACCGGCGAGGUGUUGAAGGAUGCAGGGCUGAUAGCUGGAGGGGACAUGACUCCAGAGGCGGCCCUGUCAAAGCUGUCCUACGUUUUGGCCAAAAAAGAUAUAACUCUUGAUGCUAAGAAAGAGAUGAUGGCUCAGAACCUGCGAGGUGAGAUGAGCAGUAACUUAGCAGGCGCCAAGCUUUGUCUGAGCGAUAGCCGCUUCAUCCAGGUCAUCGCCAAGUCCCUGAGCAUCAGCUGCAAGGAGGAGCUGGAAGCCAUCCGUGAUGCCCUGACCCCCCCUCUGGCAUGUGCUGCUGCUAAGAUCGGAGACAUUGAAGCCUUGGAAGCCUUAAAGGAAAUGGUAGGCAACACUACAAACUUCACUACG